AUGACAGACUCACCGAACCGCUCGUUAUCGCGUGGCAGAGACCAGUUCUUCCAAUCGUCCGGGCGCGGAGGCGCAGGCAACAUCAGGCGUACCUCGCAGUCCCGCGAGCCCGCUGCCAGGACGCCAGGCGACGAGUUCCCACCUACGCCGCCUCGCGGGCGAGAGACAGCGCCCAAGGAACAGGUGUUCUCGGUGGGCCGCGGCGGCGCGGGUAAUAUCCGCUCGCCGUCGCGAGAUGUAAGGACCGAUCAGGCGAUACCGGAGGAUAAGCAGGCCGAGUAUGAGCAGAGGGUGGUGCAGCAGCAUGCUGAUGCGAACCAAAUCCGCUCGACGGGACGCGGAGGCGUGGGUAACAUCUCUGGCUCACGCUCUCGCUCUCGAGGGCCUGUACACUCGACGGGGCGCGGCGGUGCGGGCAACAUUGCAUACGGGGACGGAAUCACCGCCGACGUGCUCGACCAGGAGGAGCGAAAGCAGCACGGCCACCCGGAAGGAAUACACUCCACAGGCAGAGGCGGCGUCGCAAACCUGACGUCGGCAGCGAACCCGCAGAUCGAGUCCCCGCCCCCGCCGAGCUACCAUGCUAGCUCCGAGUUCACGUCCUCUGGACGGGGCGGUGCGGGCAACAUCCGGUCGAGGUCUGCGUCGCGGGACCCUGCACAGAAGGACAAGGGGCACGGGUUGACGGCGCUGUGGAAUAAGGCAGCGCAUGGCGAGGCGGCUGUCGGGGGAACGGUGACCCCGAACGCCAAGAACUGA